CCGGCGGCGUGGUGGUGGCGGUGGCGCGCUAGCGGCGGCGGCGGCGUGGCGGGGCCCCGCGGCCGCGCUCGUAGUAGAGCCACGCCGCUCAAUCGCGGGCUCCGGACUCGUCGUUCGCGGAGGGUCUGAACCACAGCUCGAGCGUCAGCGCGGCUGGCCGCUUCGCCUAGGUGUCUGCACGGCGCAACGAACGUCGCCACGCGAUGAGCGGGUUGUGCCCCCGCGCCUGCCGCCUCGUCGUGCUGAUAGCUGCAUUCUGCUGGCCUCCCGCUCUGCCGCUCGUACCCGGGGGAGUUUCUUCUCGAGCGGACGAUCUUGAUAUUCUGGACGAGCUCCUCAAAAACUACGAUAGAAGAGCCCUGCCAAGUAGUCAUCUCGGUAUUCCAACUAUAGUGUCAUGUGAAAUUUACAUAAGAAGUUUCGGAUCCAUAAACCCAUCAAACAUGGACUACGAAGUCGACCUCUACUUCCGGCAGUCGUGGUUCGACGAGCGGUUACGAAAGUCCACGCUAUCUCGUCCGCUUGACCUUAAUGACCCAAAGCUGGUACAAAUGAUAUGGAAACCAGAAGUGUUCUUCGCGAACGCGAAACACGCCGAGUUCCAAUACGUGACUGUACCUAACGUCUUAGUUCGGAUCAACCCGACGGGAGAAAUCUUGUACAUGCUGCGGUUAAAACUGAGGUUUUCCUGCAUGAUGGAUCUGUACCGGUACCCCAUGGAUUCCCAAAUCUGCAGCAUCGAAAUCGCCUCUUUUUCCAAAACCACCGAGGAGCUCCUGCUGAAAUGGUCCGAUAGCCAGCCUGUUGUUCUCUUCGAUAACCUCAAGUUGCCCCAGUUCGAGAUAGAGAAAGUGAACACGUCAUUGUGCAAAGAAAAGUUUCAUAUAGGAGAAUAUAGUUGCCUGAAAGCCGACUUUUAUCUCCAGCGUUCCCUGGGCUAUCACAUGGUGCAGACCUACCUUCCGACCACGCUUAUCGUGGUGAUAUCGUGGGUGUCCUUCUGGCUCGACGUGGACGCCAUACCUGCCCGUGUCACCUUGGGUGUCACCACGCUGCUCACCAUUUCGUCCAAGGGUGCCGGCAUCCAGGGCAACCUGCCACCAGUCUCGUACAUCAAAGCUAUGGACGUCUGGAUAGGAUCGUGCACGUCCUUCGUAUUUGCUGCCCUUCUCGAGUUCACAUUCGUCAACUACCUCUGGCGGCGGCUGCCGAAUAAGAGCCCCUCCUCUGACGUUCCGGUGGUGGAAAUGCCCAGCGAUGGCUCAAAACACGAAAUUUCGGCACAGCUCGUUCUCGACAAGAAUGGACACACCGAAGUUCGCACCUUGGUGCAGACAGUGCCACGGAGCGUCGGAAAAGUCAAGGCCAAGCAGAUCGAUCAACUCAGCCGAGUCGCCUUCCCUGCCCUUUUUCUCCUGUUCAACCUCGUGUACUGGCCAUACUACAUUAAGUCAUAAA